UUCACGCAUGUCAUAUGACUUAAGCUUGGAAAUUAUAUUUUCAACAAACAUUGAUUACAAGUUUGUGUGUAAAAUUAAUCGUUAAUUAAAAAGUGAUUGACGAUCUGCAUGAUUUAACUUUUGUUGUUGAGCUUACAACAUGAGGAUUUGCGGACCUAAAACUUCAGUAUGUUGUACAAUCUUGAGCGUUUGGGGGAUAAUAAUGCUGGUCUUGAUGGGCAUAUUUUUGUAUACCCAAAGUGUUGCUUUAGCUGAAGACUUGCCAUAUGAUGAGAAUGCAAGUUGGAAAACACCACAAGAGUUCUUGAAUGAAGCAGAACGUCUCUAUUCUAAAAGUGCUUAUAACUGCUGGAUAGCUGCAUGUCUUUAUGUUGUGACACUGGUGAUUUCACUUCAACAAUAUUAUGCCAAUCGAAAAGCCAGCUAUACCAUCUAAGAAAAAGAACAUAUUGUUUUUGUUGCAUGAAAAUUGAAAUUUAAGAUUAAGUUAGCCUAAACAAGUGGACAUGUAGCAGUAGUAAUACUAUUAAUAACAAAGGAACAUGUUUCUGGUGUACAGAAUAUUUGUUUUAUUUCUUAACACAUAAACAUUCCAGUGAUUUGUGCAGUGUGGAUGUAGUUAAACCAAAAAUUAAUUGUAUUAAAUUUAACAUAAAUAUAUUAGGUAAUUCUCCUUUUUAUCACUUUUGUAACUAAGCAUCAGUGUAGGCUAUAUGUCAUGUAUCAAUUAUCUCCUUACUAAUAAUAUAUAGUGUAAGAUACAAUUACUUAAUAUUACUUUGUGUAUUUAACUUGCUUGAAUCUAUUGAGAUUGAACCUCUUCUAUAGUUGAAUUAAUUUUUGAAGACUUACCAAGGAAUUCCACGAAGAUCCUAUUUUCAGUGUAAUUCCGUAGACAUAAGAAUGAUGUGAUAAUCUUCAAUAUUAAAUUUGAAUUCUUCUAGGUUUAUUUUCAAAAAACAUAUAAAAUGAUUGUUUUGGGUUAAUAUGCAACCAUUUCUGUAUAACAUUUUUUACUGUCAACUUUUGAUUAAAAGAUAGUAGUACACAGAGAAUGAAUAUGUUGUUAAUAUUUAAUUUAUUUCUUUGUAAAUAUUUUCCCACUUUGGUGUUGCUGCAAUUAAACAAUGUUAUGUUGUUUAACGUUGAAGCUCAUGAGGGAAGGAAGAAAGAAAGGUCUAAUUAAGAAAAACUAAUGAUCAAUAUGUAGCUUUACAAGUGAUCACUGCCAACACAAAGUUUUUGAAUAAAUGUGGUUUUUGGUAGUUGUUUUGGGUGAACAAAAGUUACUCUUAAUAUUAUAAAUGAAACAUGGGACUAAUUUAUAAUAGACUGCUUCUAAAGCAGUUUUUAAUUGUUUUGAAGGCUUAACAGACUUAGGGAUUGAAGAAAGUUUCAGAUGGAAGAUUUCACAGUUUAUCAAAAGCUUAUUAAAAAUCUAAGCUCAGGUGAUAGAAAUUCUAUUAUAAUUUUUUAUUGGUUUGGAAAGACUUAAGUACAUCUAUUAUAAUAUGCUGUAUUUUCAUUAGAUUUCUAGUUUAUUAGAGAUUAUUUCUGUGCAUUGAUUUACAGUUUGAAUGUUACAUUAAUCUACUCAAAUGUAUUAAACAUAAUUAACUGAAAGAACUGCACUAAUUUCAAAAAUAUCUCAAGCUUCAAAUUUCUUUGCACAUUUUCUUAAGAAAUUGCAUAUUUUAAACAGUGAAACCAUAACAUAAGAUUACUCUCAGGAAAACUGCCUAAUUAAGGUGUUAAGCAGGUUGAUUUUUUUUUUUACUUUGCACUUAGUGAUUAAAAUUUAACUCCAUUAAUUAAAGCUGUUUUGUUAUUCUCACCCAUAACAACAUGAAAUACAUGUAUAAAAGUUAUGUGUAAUGGUUAAAUCUGAAUUGAGUAUUAAUUUGUAAUGGGAUAUUGACAUAAUGAACUUGAUAUAAAAUAAAAUUCUCCUAGCAGAAACAGUUCUUUGUUGUAUUUUAUUAUCACUUAUAAAAAAAAAAA